AUGGACCUCGCCACUUGGAAUUUCCAAUUCCUACCCCAGAUGAAUGGCCACCCGGACCCCUCCGAUGAGAUCAUCUUGUUCUCCCUCCCUCCUGCUUUAGACUGGGACUCAGUGCAUGUUCCAGGUCCUCAUGCCAUGACCAUCCAAGAGCUGAUGAAUUAUGUUAGCACCAGGCAAAAGCGAGGAAUAUAUGAGGAGUGUGAAGACAUUCGUCGUGAGAACCCUGUUGGCACUUUCCACUGUUCCAUAUCUCCAGGAAACCUAGAGAAGAACCGCUAUGGGGAUGUACCCUGCCUGGACCAAACAAGAGUAAAACUGAUAAAACGAAAUGGCCAUACUCAGACAGAUUACAUCAAUGCCAGUUUCAUGGAUGGCUAUAAGCAGAAGAAUGCUUACAUUGGUACACAAGGCCCUUUAGAGAAUACUUACCGUGAUUUUUGGCUCAUGGUAUGGGAGCAAAACGUCUUGGUGAUUGUCAUGACCACCCGCUUUGAGGAGGGUGGCAGGAGGAAGUGUGGUCAGUACUGGCCUUUAGAAAAAGACUCUCGGAUCCGAUUUGGCUUCCUCACAGUGACCAAUCUAGGCGUGGAGAACAUGAACCAUUAUAAGAAAACAACGCUAGAAAUUCAUAACACAGAGGAGCGGCAGAAACGCCAGGUGACUCACUUUCAAUUCCUGAGCUGGCCAGAUUAUGGUGUACCCUCCUCAGCAGCUUCCCUCAUUGAAUUCUUGAGAGCAGUCAGGAGGCAGCAGAGGUUGGCCGUCAGCAGCAUGGGUGCACACGCCAAAGGGCAGUGCCCUGAACCACCCAUUGUGGUCCACUGCAGUGCAGGCAUUGGCGGGACAGGUACCUUCUGCUCACUGGACAUCUGCCUGGCACAGUUGGAGGAGCUCGGUACCCUUAAUGUGUUCCAGACGGUGUUCCGCAUGAGGACCCAGAGGGCCUUCAGCAUUCAGACCCCUGAGCAGUACUAUUUUUGCUACAAGGCAAUCCUGGAGUUUGCAGAAAGGGAGGGCAUGGUGCCAUCCAGCCACAACAUCCUGGCUAUGGAGAGUCAGUAA